AUGGAUGAUACAGUCGAACGCCCUAGUGACGCCACUGAAAGUUAUUCUUCGACACGAGACCGCACACUGGGGACCAUUUUCCCUCUUACGCCCUCCUCUUCGAAUGUACUCGCUCCAUCUCUCGGCGUUCAUGUGCCAACAAACGAGGCACCGCUCACAAAUCCACUAGCGUUCCAUACGAUAGACUGGGUCCCUGGUCCUUCUGGCACUCCCGUAUUUAUGGGAACGUCUUCCAAUUGGGCUUUCAAUCGACGGGUCCUAUCUAUGACCCACGAAGCAAUCACCGGCACUGCUUUAUCCCCAGAAAACCUCUUCUUUGACGGAAAGGUUUACGACCUCUCAUCUCUGGGGGAAGAUUUCAGCCUUGCCAAUUUGCCAACUCAGGAUUUUGCAAUCUAUCUGCUCAAUUCCGUUAAGUUUCAUUGCUGCCGACUGUUCUAUCUGUUCGAAGAGAAUGCUUUUAUGGAGCACUUUGCCACAUUCCAUGCAAGUGCCGCGGAUCAGUUAAAAGUCCCCCGACUGUGGUUUGUUCACUACCUCAUUCUCUUAGCAUUCGGCAAGGCGUUUAUUGUGCAAACAUCAAAGUCACACCAGCCACCUGGAGCGGAGCUGUUUGUGCAGGCUAUGAAGCUUAUGCCGGACUUCACCUUCUUCGAGUGUGACUACAUAGAAAGGAUACAGGUACUUUGUUGUACCUCACUGUAUCUCCACUGUAUAAGUAGUUGGCCCGCCGCUUAUCGAUAUGUUGCGUUUGAACAUGGGCUACAUACCGAAAUGCAGAGCCACCACCUAGACGAGACGUACGUUCAGAAAUGCAGGCUCGUAUGGUGGACGAUAUAUGUCUUGGAGCGUCAGAUGUCAGCACUCAUGGGAGUGCCUAUGUUCAUCUCGGAUGAAUGCGUCUGCACACCGUUCCCCAUAUAUUACGAGCAAGCUCAAAGAACCAGCGCUUUGCACGUACAGAUCAAGUUAGCGCAGGUACUUGGUCAGAUCCAUCAGACUGUUUACGGUAUCGAAGGACAGCUCGACAGUCGCUAUUUGGGUGCCACGAAGGCUGUUCUCCAAAGCAUAGCAGGCCUUGCCACCAAUCUCCAUGAUUCAUUUGACAUAGACUCCAGUGAGAACACAUCAGGAGUCUCCCGCGUCUCGGCACAUUUGCAUCUCCAGUACCACCAAUGCAUCGUUCUUACCACUAGGCCGCUUUUAUUCAUAUUCCUACAGUCCAAACUCGGGCAAUCUGAACCGGUGCUGAUGCAGUGGUUGCAUUCCGAUAGCAUCAGAAAUUUACUACAGGUUUGCACGGAUUCUUCGCGACAGAUAGUCAAGAUUUUAUCAAGAUUGUUGAGUCAUGGGUUGCUGGAAAGCUUCCUAACGUUUGAUCUGGAUGCUACGUCAACAGCUGCAGUCGCCAUGUCUAUGGCUGCAGCUGUUGAGCCGACUCUGAUUUCCGACCACGCUGCGUGGUCCCAACGGGUGUUUCUCAUCCUCGAAGAAAUGGACUCUCACGGUAGUAAGAUCGCUGAAAUGAUCUCAUCUGAGCUGAGGCAGCUUGAUCAUUAUCUUCACCAUCUCAGUGCAGACGAAGAAGUCCCACCCCAAGUUCAUAGGACAGAGCGUACUAUCUCUACAAAUGAUGUUGGAUCAUAUCCAACAGACCAAGCCCUAGGCCUAGAAUUUGAGCAAAGCCUGGCGAUGGAGGCCGAGCUUAGCACAGAUCUUCUGAUCGAUAUCGCUAACUCACUGGAUCCUGAGAGCAUGAGCUGGGAUUUCCCCGUGACUGAAGGUUAG